AUGCAGACUAGGAGGAAGGAGCAGAUGGGUGUUGUGAAGUCAAGGCGGCAGGUAGAAAUAGAGAGGCUUGUUCUGGAGAGAAGACAGCUUAAAAGGCGAUGGAGGCGAGCUGAUGAGGGGGAAAGGGAGGGUAUUUGUGUCUUGAAGGCAGGUAUAAAGAGUAGACUGGCUGUAUUAAGAAGGGCAGAGGCUCCUAGGAGGAGGAGGAAGAAGAAAGAGAGGGCCAGGGUGGCAUUUUUCAGAGAUCUGUUCAAGUUUGUGAAGGCUCUGUUUGGUAAGGAGAAGUCUGGGAUGUUAGGGGUAGAGAAGCCGGAGCUGGAUGGUUAUCUGCGUGAGGUGUACUCUUGUGAAGAGCUUGGUGGUGGUGGUCUAGAGUUGCCUGUGGACAUAAAGUGGGAAAUGGAUGUGUGCCCUCCAAGGUGGGGAGAGGUGCAAGAUGUAGUGAGGUGGGCAAGGGCCUCUUCGGCUCCUGGCCCAAACGGGGUACCAUACCGGGUGUUUAGAUUUGCUACGGGUGUGCUAAAAUUUCUGUGGAAACUGAUGGCUGUUGUGUGGAAGAAGGGGGUAAUUCCCAAGUCGUGGCGGAGAGUAGGUGGAAUUUUUAUUUCUAAGGAAAAGGAGGCUUUUGGGGUAGGCCAGUUUAGGCCUAUCAGCCUUCUAAAUGUUGAAGGGAAGAUUUUCUUUAGUGUUGUGGGAAGGAGGUUGGUAGAGUACUUGAAAGCCAACAGGCUGAUUGAUACCUCCGUGCAGAAAGCGGGACUUCCAGGAUGCUCAGGGUGCUUGGAGCACACCAGUAUGAUUUGGCAUCAGAUUCGGUCUGCCAAGAAGGAGAAAAGAGAUCUCCGGGUGGUGUUCUUGGAUUUAGUGAAUGCUUAUGGGUCGGUUCCACACAGUUUGCUGUGGGAGGCGUUCAGUGCUGCCCCGGAGGCAGACAGACGCCGGCUGGUUGUUGAGCAGAUCCAAGGGCAGGAAGAGGAGGUGAGGCGUGCAAAGGCGGUCACAUUGGUGAAGCAGGGUCAAUGGAGGCACAUUUUGUCAGGGUGUAAGGUUAGUUUGGGGCAGGGGAGCUAUACUUGGCACCAUAAUCAAGUUCUUAGAUGUUUAGCAGGUGUGUUUGCGAGUAAGCAGCAAGCUGUUAGUUCUCUGCCUGUUGGCAGGUCAGCUAGAGCAAUUGGUUUUGUGCCGGUGGGAGAGAGUAGCACUAUGCAAGGGCAGACAUGCCCUGGUAGGUGGGGCAACGCACGGGACUGGAAGCUGUUGGCCGACGUAGGCAAGCAGCUCCAGGUUCCGCAGAUCAUUGCUGUUACUUCACUGCGGCCGGACAUGGUGUUAUAUUCAGAGGGUGAGCGUACUGUGUACUUUGUAGAGUUAACAGUGCUGUUCGCGAAUGCUAUCUGGGAGGCAUACGAGCGGAAACUGUUCAAAUAUGCUGAUCUGGUGGCAGAGGCAAGGGACCGUGGUUGGCAGGCUCAUGUGAGGCCAGUAGAGGUUGGUGUUAGAGGGUUUGUGGCUAAAUCAGCUACAGUAUUGUUGGCGGAGUUUGAUAUUAGAGUCCGCUCGUUAAAGGCAGCGGUGAAGGAGCUGUCUGAGGUAGCUGAGAAGGAAAGUAGGUGGUUCUGGCUGAAAAGAGAGCAGGGUAGUUAA